CAUGGUGACGUCCGGGCAGCGUCUCUCGGCGGGCGGGGGAGAGGGAGGAGGGAUGACAACAAACAUGGCGGACAGGAGCAAGACGGCAGAGACGGGUAGUGACACAGGAAUAGAUGAUGUUAUCACAGGAAACUUAAGUAAAUAUGCUGUUGUUCCACCUGCUUACCUUGGACAGCCAAAAAAGGGACAUCUCGUAUUUGAUGCCUGCUUUGAAAGUGGUAAUCUUGGGCGAGUCGAUCAUAUUACUGAAUUUGAAUAUGAUCUGUUCAUCAGACCUGACACAUGUAAUCAACGUUUUCGAGUCUGGUUCAACUUUACAGUUGAAAAUGUGAAAGAAUCUCAGAGAGUCAUUUUCAACAUUGUCAACUUUAGUAAAACCAAAAGCUUGUAUCGGGAUGGAAUGGCUCCAAUGGUAAAAUCCACAAGCAGGCCUAAAUGGCAAAGGCUGCCAUCUAAAAAUGUGUACUAUUAUCGUUGCCCUGAUCACAGAAAGAACUAUGUGAUGUCAUUUGCUUUCUGCUUUGAUCGAGAGGAUGACAUAUACCAGUUCGCUUACUGUUAUCCAUAUACUUAUACUCGACUUCAGCAUUAUCUAGAUAACUUACAGAGGAGAAACAUGGACUACUGCCGCAGAGAGCUCCUAGGACUUAGUGUGCAACAGCGCCAACUUGACCUCUUGACUAUAACCAACCCCGUAAAUCUUCGUCCAGGAGCAGAGCAGAAAAUCGUGUUUAUUACAGCUCGUGUCCAUCCAGGGGAAACACCGUCAUCUCUUGUUUGCCAAGGUGUAAUUGAUUUUCUUGUGAGCCCACAUCCAAUUGCCAAAGUGUUGAGAGAUCGUUUAGUCUUCAAGAUUGCUCCUAUGCUUAAUCCAGAUGGUGUUUAUCUUGGCAAUUACAGGUGUUCCUUAAUGGGCUAUGAUUUAAACCGACAUUGGGCGGAUCCUUCUCCUUGGGCACAUCCUACUCUGCAUGGUGUCAAGCAACUCAUUGUUGCAAUGUAUAACAAUCCGAGACAUACCCUGGAAUUCUAUAUUGACAUCCAUGCUCACUCCACUAUGAUGAAUGGAUUUAUGUAUGGAAACAUCUUUGAAGAUGAAGGAAGAUUUCAGAGACAGGCUAUUUUUCCCAAAUUACUCUGCCAGAAUGCUGAAGACUUCUCCUUUUCAAGUACCUCCUUCAACCAAGAUGCUGUUAAGGCAGGCACGGGACGCCGCUUCCUUGGUGGUUUACUGGAUGAUACUUCUUAUUGCUACACCCUGGAAGUUUCUUUCUACAGUUACAUAGUUGGAGGAACUUCUACAGUCCCAUAUACAGAGGAAGCAUAUAUGAAAUUAGGAAGGAAUGUGGCCAGAACAUUUUUUGAUUACUACAGGCUGAACAGCAUUCCAGAAAGAUCUUUGGCACCCAUUACAAGUACAUGGAAGGAUAAAGCAUCGUCAUAUCGAUAUGCCUACUAUCGAAGCCAAGGAGAUGUCUCAGGUGCCAACAAGCCAGAGAAGAGAUCCCAAAGAACUUUUAAGGAACACACUCACUCAUCAUAAACCACUGAAGAGAGAGGCUUUUCAGAGAAGUGGAACCUUGACUCUCUGUUGGGAUUUGGAGCACAUUUCUCCUUCCUUCUGGCCAAUUAUUUUUCAGAGAUGGAGGAGAAAUGCUUUUCUUAUAAAUGUUAAUGUUGAUUUUGUUCUCAGUUUAUUUAACUACAAGUCUGUCUCCUCAGGAGCAAACCAAUCGAUCUACAACAUUUAUUAUUUACUGCCACGUUAACACUUUUAUUGUACAAAGCAUGCAAAAGCCAGCACUCCCCCAUUGCAUGGAAGCAUUGAGCGGGGGGGGGGGGGGGGGGCUUUCCUUGAUGCUGCAUUAUUUUUGCAUGUUAUCAGUCUUAAAUCCAAAGCAUUAUCUGCAAGUGUUGUAUUUUAAUGUGAUUUAUUUACAUGAAUGCAAGUGCUGUUAGUCCUCUCUGGAACACCAUGAUGUGCCAUUUUAAUCUCUAGAAGUCAUUUCCUGUUUUGUUUUUGUUUUUGUCAUUGGUUUUCUGAUUAAAUUGAAGAAUAAACACAUGUUUGAAAGGCUUUAUUCAUAUCAGAACAUACUGAAAGAGUCCUGUUAGUAAGCCAGGCGCAGUUAGAUAUGUUUAGCAUCAUGAGGAUGGCAUUUGUAACACUUUCUCCCUUUUCUCCUGAAGAAUUCUUAAAAAUGAGAGCAUUACAGCUAAUGCUCUAGGAUAGAAAGGGGAGGUUUAGCGUUCCUCAUGUUUUAUACUUCAUUUUCCAUAACCUGCUACAACUGGCCACACUUGAACAACAGGGAGUUGGGUUGAACUGAUGCAAGCUGAAAUACAAAAUACAGAGAGCCAAAAGGACCGCAUUCUAGAUCUGAAAUGAAGAGAAAAUACUUCUGGUGCAAAAUACUAGUGUACCUGUAUGUAACAGUAUUCUGCCUUUUGCCUUCAGUUUACUAACUAGUUUCCAUGCCCCUUGUCCAGCAGCAUGAAUGCAUAGCCCUGUCAAAAGCUCAGCAAUCACACCAAUGGGUUAUUUGGAAUCAGGAGACCAAAGGUUAGCACUGUCAUCCGAAGAAUUACUGGCAUGCUGGGCAGUUUUUCUGGCUCAGACUAUGCAUACAUCUCUGGCAAUUAAUGAAGGUGAAAUUUUGUGAAUUCUGCAUAUGUCCUCCCCAGAUAUGCAUAUGAGCUGCUCACAGUCUAAUUUCCGUGUCCCAGUUGAAUUGGAGCAUUUUUGCAAAAAGAAAAAAAAAGGGCAAGAAAUGGAAGAACUGGAGUCAAGGAUAGGAAGACACCACUACCUCCCUUUAGAAAAGCAAGUUGAUGAAAUCUCUUCCAGGCUGUUAUCAUUUUAAGGUUGAAGGUUAAAUUACGUACAUUUUCAGCAAUUGGAAAGGGCUGUAAUACAUACAUUGAAGCUUCAUCAGUUUGGCUCCUUGCAUCUGUAAGCAGAAAAAUGACUAGACCAGACAGCUUGAUAAUUAAAAUGACCUUUUGGCAAUCUACUUUAAAAGGCAUGCAGAGGGGGAAAUAAAAAAUGUUAUGAAUUUAAAAUGUUCUUGGUUUAGGACUAGUGUUGCAGGUUUUUGUUUUUAAUGUUUCAAUGGAAAAUUUCUAAUCUGGUUUAUAAAGAAGGUGUGUGUUGGUGUUAAUUAAACAUUUUAAUUGAUUUUUGUUAUUGUUUUCUCAGUGCAUAUAUGCUGUGUUAAAUACAAUGUCAGGUUAAAGAUGUUAAUUUGCUCUUGGAACACCAAAUUAAAAAAAUAAAUGCUUUUGCUGCUUA